CUCCUCCUAUAUGGCUUUUCGUUGGCAUACCUCGUCGCUCCAGAUACUUCCGAUAGCGCUCACAUCGUGGAGUUCAUUACUGGACCGCCAGACUACGUGAGGUGUACCGGCAAAGUUAUCCUGGCUGCACCUUUCACUUUCCACUUCUGGAAUGGUCUC